UAGUUGGACUCAGGGAUAGAGAGUUCAGUUUUCUCCGCCCUAAUGAUCUACAAUUAACACAAGAAGGUAUAUUUGGUUAGUGUCAUCAUUCUCAUAACAUAAGAUCAGGACACAUCGAUACCUUCCAAAACUGACGCAUUUCCUGAACAUCCGCCCUUUUUCUAACGAGCCAACCACGAAUGUAACUCUGUAUGCGUAAAGCAGCCUCCUCUUUGGUCCACAGCCACGAUUUCGGAUAAAUUGGUCUAGGACUGGAAGAAGACGGGGAAAGAGUGAUGAAAUAAGCCCUAGGAAGCGAAGCGAAAUGUAAAGUUUUUUGCAUACUGCGACUGCAGCCAUAAUUUAAACUGUGGUAUGCUAAAAACAUCCACCCAGGUGCGCGAUCUACUCGAAUAGAGCGAGUUACGAUUCCACAGGAUCUCCGCAAGACAGUCCAACGCGUUGAAGAAGCACUUGCCCUCUCUGCAGAGCGUAGCGACUUUUCAUUUUACUAAAACAGACAUGUCGUGUCGGAGUCGACGGAAAAAAUCGUAUAAAUUAUACUUCCAGAGCAUCUCGGCGAUGAGCCUCGAUCAGCGUCUCCUCCAUCGCGCUUAAUAAGACCGGAAAUAUAUUUCUGUCCAAGUAAUCAGGGAUGCUUUCAGUCUCGUUGCCAGAUGGCUCCAUCUCUUCGUUCGUUUGUUAAAGAUCUGCAAUUUUAUCGAGCGAAGUUGGCGCGAAUCGGCGCAGACUGUCGCGUUCAGAGCGCAAAAUUUGCUAACCUCGGUGAGUGAUGGUCCUGAUGACGAUGUCGGAGCUUUGGAGACCGAACCAAAUUCUUCAUAUCGUAUUCCGCUAAUUUUACUGGACUACAAAAUAACGAAUGCGUCCGUGAAAAUAUAUAAAAUCUAUGCAGAAACGCGUUGAGAUUCGAGACGGAAUAUUUAGUAAAGCUGCAAAGCGAGGUCCUUGCGAUGGACAGGUGCAGCAUCAAAUGCCCUAAAGUAAAACAACAGCUACGUGCCAGAAUCACCGAAAGGCCUUCGUUGGCGGACAGGUUCUUUCCGCAGAGGAAGGCCGUGGCGCCCCGACUUCUGCAGGAUCCUGCCUCGAGGGACAUACCAAGACGUGACGAGCCAAGGCGCGCAGUCGAGCCAAUAGAAAAGCCGAUGGAACAGGAAGACGAGGAGAUCGAGCUUACUGAAGAAAGAGAGCUGAUGAUCGAGAGAACUACGAUCGAAGAAGAUGGAGUCGUCGAGGACGGAAUCGACUGGGCACCAACACAACGAGACGAAGCUGAACGCGUGAUCAGGCCCGCGGAUGCCCAAGAGCCAAGAGUACUUGAAGAAGCCUCGAUCGCUGAGCGAUCGAUCGCUACGCCGAUGGAUAGCGAUGGCGAGACGGUCGAUGAGGUCGAGACAAGGACAGCGGUCGUGGAUAAAACUCUAAUUCCAGUCCAUGAGGAAGUCGAGACCGACCAGCCGAAAGACGCGGAAGGACAACUGUCGCAGGACAAGCCGGCGAGGCGCGUGGAACACCGAGAGGAAGAGGAAGACGAAUUGGUCGAUGAAGGGCUGCCAAAGUCUCAACCCGCCGUGAACGCGAAGGAGACUCCGCAGGAGGAGACGCCGAAGACGCUGCGUCGGGAGAGGAUCCCUCUUGAAGACGCGGAAGCCGCCGGGCCGUCGGUAGCCGAGGAACGUCAGCCGAGGGUGGCAGACGGAAGAGGGGUUGUUGGGGACUCGACGACGAGAGCCGCUGCAGCCGCAGCCUCGGAAGAAGACGCCUGCGACGAAACGUGCCCGUUGGUGCAGGAGCAAAAAGAACGCAUUAUGCGCAAAUUGGAGGAACGGCAGAGGAUCGUAGAUCAUUAUUAUCUGACGAAGGGCUUCAGCUAUUUCGAGGACGUAUGCACGUGCUCGCUGGCUUGCGUACUGUACACCCUGAGCAGAGAUCAGUUCGUGAGGAGCAUAUUCGCAUCUCUCGCUUUGUUCGCGGUCGGGCUGAAGCUGUGCUCCGAGCUGGAUGCAUGGGAGAUGCCGGGUCGCGUCUCAUGAAGCUCAGCAUUCACGUCAGUCGCCGUGUAAUGAGACUCUCUCUUUCUCUCUGUCUCUGUCUCUCCCUCUCCCUCUCCCUCUCCCUCUCCCUCUUCCUCUUCCUCUCCCUCUCAGCCGCGCGGCGCGGCGCGACGUAUGCGUUAACAGCGAGCGUUUGGUUUUUAUUUAACGCUCGGUCUGUUCCUUGGAGGGAAAAGAUACGUCAAUGUCUGUUUCCGCCAAGGUACACUCGACAUUUUAUAUACAACUAUGUAUAAAUUAGGGAAAGCAGCGCGCUACAAUGCUAUGAUGCAGUGAGCAGCAACCGGCAGCAACGUUGCAACUUUAUUAAUGUUGCAGCUUUCCGCUCAGCCAUGCAAUUGUUUCAUUCAACGAUUGUGCCGCGUUGCGCUUAUAUUGGCUCGAGUGGGAAAUUAUAAUACUGAUAUAAUGUUACUGUUGGUUUGGUGCUUACUGGGAAAUCGCUUCUUUUUUCAGUAACUUUUUUUUUGGCUAAUGGUAACAAAUACAACCGCUACUUUUAUCGUUACGUCGUAUGUAUAAAAAGUAUAUGGGAUGCCAGUGAAUCAUAAAAAAGAUCUUCGAAAUUUGGUAAAAAAAAAACAACAAUGGAAGUUGCAACGUCUCGUUGCUGUUUGGAUAACGACGAUAACGAUAAUGACUCGAGAAAAAAAUAAUUAUACAUGAUUUGAUGAGAUUUGUCUCUAUACGAGCAUAUAUAAUCACAUUAUUUCAAGGAGAGGGAGGGAAGGACAUUUUGAUAAACAGAAUUUUGUUGAAAAGAAUGUUCUCUGUGUGCCAAAGAUUUAGGAGCAUAUCCUCCAGAAGAAGAAGUAAGCUCAAGGAAAUUCAUCCGUUUGAGAUAUCAUCGAAAAAAAAUGACCGACGAUUGCAACAGCAAUAAAGGCGUUGAAUCCUUUCCCGCCAUUUAAUCUCCAAUCCUUAGAUGUAGUCGUUGAAUUCGUUGUAAAAAAGGCUGCAAACGCGGGUGUUAAAGAAAAAAUAAAUUUGAUCUUCAUCUCGC